AUGAUUAACGAAUCUAUAUAGAGCAAGAGAUGAUUUAAUCGGGAGUUCAAAGAGAAGAAAAAAGCUGAAUCUUCGUGAUGACAUCUCUUUUAAUGAGAGCCGGUUCGAUGCCGGUUCAAACCGGGUUUAUCCCGUCGCGGAAGGCGUCGACGACAAUCUCCCGGCACAACUCCGUCGAAUCAUUACCCAGCCACGGCGGCGAGAGAUUCUCUGGCGGAAAGAUCUCAAUCGACGUCAAGGCUACGUCCGGGUUGCGGAGGGUGUUAUCGGAGAGCGAUGUGAUUAGAAACGAGAGAAUGUUGAAGAGCGUCGUAUCGAAGCCUUCUCCGGCGAAUAUUCCUGAGGAGGAGGAUGAAAUUAGGUUUUCAGACGGCUGGGGAUCGCUGAUCUGGAAGGAGAGCGGCAUUCCCGCGGAGGAGCAAGGAGUUGCCGGUGGCGGUGGAUCUGGUUACAGCGGCGGUAAAGGAAACGGAGGAGACGGUUACGACGGUAGGAGCAAGAUCGGUGAUUACUAUCGAGAGAUGUUGAAAUCGAACCCCAAUAAUUCGCUUCUUUUGAUGAACUACGGCAAGUUCUUGUAUGAGGUGGAGAAAGAUGCAGAGAGAGCAGAGGAAUACUACGGGAGAGCGAUACUUGAGAGUCCAGGUGAUGGUGAAGCAUUGUCAAUGUAUGGGAAGCUGAUAUGGGAGACGAAGAGAGAUGAGAAGAGAGCUCGUGGUUACUUUGAUCAAGCUGUUAAUGCUUCUCCUGGUGAUUGUAUGGUUAUGGGAUCAUACGCACAUUUCAUGUGGGAAGCAGAGGAUGAGGAUGAUGAAGAAGACUUGAUGGUUGCAUCACCAGCUAUGGUUUCUGCGGUUUAGCAAAGCCAAAAGACUUAACACGAAGAAGAGUAAUGGAGACUGUGACUGGACUAUAUGUAUCAACCAUCUUCAACGUAUUUUGACUAUUUUCUAACUGUUUUUGUUUUACUUGCCUGAAGAGCAAUAAACAUAUAUAUAGAUAAUAUAUGUGACAAAAAAAUGAAUGUAAUUAUUAUAUUUAAUAGAUAAUAAAAAUUGCUUCUGUUAAA